GAACUUUCACAACCAAAUUUGUGACGACCCCGUCUGCUCUCUCUCUCUCUCGCUCUAGAUUUUAGUGAGAGAAAAGAGAAAAAUGGACGCCAUUGACUCAGUUGUGGAUCCUCUGAGAGAGUUCGCUAAGGACAGCGCUCGCCUCGUCAAGAGGUGCCACAAGCCCGAUCGCAAAGAAUUCUCGAAGGUUGCGUUGCGUACAGCCAUUGGGUUUGUUGUGAUGGGAUUUGUUGGGUUUUUCGUGAAGCUCAUCUUCAUUCCCAUCAACAACAUCAUCGUCGGAUCUGUUUAGGUCAUUCCUCAAGUUUGAAGUUUGCUAGAGGCUAGAUGAUACAGGAAACAACAUCAACAUGUUAAAGCAAUAGUUAUGCAGUUCUUAUUUGGCUCUUUUUAGCAUCUAAAGUAACACUUGAGAACUAAACUUCCGUGGUUACAACAUCAUUUCCUUGUUUCUUUUGCUUUACUUAUACAUUGUGAAGCCUCUAGAAGAAUAUCUCUCUUUGAGGUACAUAUUUCUCCACAUGUCUUGCUCUCAUAUAACCUGAAUGUGCCAUUUCCAUCAGAGUUCGCCUUUUCAUCAUGCUCCACAGAGAAUAAAUAUUGAACAUUUUUUG